AAUUCAUUCGAGAGCCAACUUUCGAACGCGAUAGUUCAUAUAUUUAAGAAUUCGCUUGUGUUAAUUAUAUAAAAUCAAAAGAUGUCUGGCAAAGGAAAGGACCCAAUGUCAUUUGCUAAGGAUUUCUUAGCUGGUGGUAUCUCAGCUGCUGUCUCAAAAACAGCUGUCGCUCCCAUCGAACGUGUGAAAUUGAUUCUUCAAGUUCAAGCCGCUAACAAGCAAAUUGAAGCUGGCAAAGAAUAUAAGGGUAUCAUCGAUUGUUUCGUUCGUAUUCCAAAGGAGCAGGGCAUGCUUGCUUUCUGGCGUGGUAACUUGGCCAAUGUCAUCAGAUACUUCCCAACCCAGGCCCUCAACUUUGCCUUCAAGGACGUUUACAAACAAAUCUUCUUGGGUGGAGUUGACCAGAAGACACAAUUCUGGCGUUACUUCCUCGGAAACUUAGGAUCUGGUGGUGCUGCUGGAGCUACAUCCCUCUGUUUUGUCUAUCCUUUGGAUUACGCUCGUACACGUUUGGGUGCUGAUGUUGGUAAAGGAAAUGCAGAUCGUCAAUACACUGGUUUGGUUGACUGUAUUAAGAAGACAUUGAAAACUGAUGGUGCUAUUGGUUUGUACCGUGGCUUCAGUGUGUCAGUCCAAGGUAUCAUCAUCUACCGUGCAGCAUACUUCGGUUGCUAUGACACAGCUCGUGGAUCAUUGCCAGAUCCAAAGAACUCUCCAUUCAUUGUUAACUUCGCUAUCGCACAGGUUGUAACAAUCUGCUCGGGUAUCUUGUCAUAUCCAUUCGACACAGUCAGACGGCGAAUGAUGAUGCAGUCAGGCCGUGCAAAGGCUGAUAUCAUGUACAAGAACACAUUGGACUGCUGGGUCAAGAUCGGCAAGCAAGAGGGCUCACGUGCCUUCUUCAAGGGUGCAUUGUCUAACGUUUUCCGUGGUACUGGCGGUGCUCUCGUCUUGGUACUUUAUGACGAACUCAAGAAGCUCAUAGCCUAAAUUUAAUGAACCAUAACAAGCAAAUAAACAACAUAAACAAUAUCCGAGGAAGCAAAGAUUGAGCAUAAGACCAGGACAGGAAUAGAAAUUAAAAAUCUUUGCUAAAAUUCCAAUAACCUUCCCCCAUCGAGACAAAUGAAAAUUAUUUUCAUUUUCCCCUCUGAACCGUUAAAAUCAGCGGUAACAAGAAUCAUAAUUAAAAUUCAGUUAAGAUUGCAAGCAAAAGUAACACAAAAACAAAAAAAAAAGAAAUUAAAAAGGAAACAUCAAUUGAAAUAAUUUAUUUGAAUAAAUUUGGUUUAGUCUGUAGCUAUUAUUGAUGGUUAAAAUUCUUCAGUCAAAAUUCAAAAGUUUUCGUGUUUUCCUUUUUGGUGGGUUCUAAUUCAUCUUCAGGUCAUCUCACUUUCAAUGAGUUUUCUGAAACAACAUAGACAAAUGACUCAAGACAUUCCCAUCUGACUACCUGCAAGUCUCGACAAAUUAAACGAAAAUUGAAAGCUGACAAUGCAAAAAAAAUUACUUGGGAUUAUCUACCUGUGAUCCUUCUGCAUUAUUUACCUGAUCGAACUCUUUUCUUGCCGACCAAAUAUGAAAACUCGACUUCGUUUGCUUUUAAAUCAAUCGCAUCGGAAAACAAAACUCAAAUUCCCAACUUAAACUUUUAUUUGCACUUUAACGAGAAUGAUAAAUGAAAAUCGAGCGAAUGAUGAUAAAAUCUUUGCAAUAGUAUUUAAAGUUAAUUUGAAUUGAAUGUGAGAAGGAAACAAUCGAAAGAAGUUGUUUUAAUUCUAUUAAUAGUGGACACACAAGCGAAUUCUUUUUGAAUAAAUUUUGACUUUUUCGUCCAGCAAAAGCUUUCAUCUUGAUCGUUGAAAGGGAAAAAAGCUUACGGAAAAUGAUAAAAUAAAAUUCACCAAAAAAAUUAGAAAAAGAGAAAAAGAAAA